ACCUCCCAGGCACUUAGAAUGCUCUUUUGUUUCACAGUGGAAUGGAAUGGCAUAGGAUAAAAGCAACAGUCCAGAAAGUCGUGUACCUUAUUUUUCUUCCUUGACUGCUUCAUCUAUAGGGAAUUGCUUUGCUGAACACAUCAAAGGGAUCUUCUGCAGAUAAGGCAUCAUGCUGAGGAGGGAGAGAAAAGGCCAAAUUUACACUGACGUCCCAGAUGGAGGCUGGGGAUGGAUGGUUGUGCUUCAUUUCUUCCUGGUAAAUACGAUUGUGAUUGGGAUGAUCAGAGCAUUUUCAGUCUUCUUUGUGGUUUUUCAAGAAGAGUUUGAAGCUACCUCAGAGCAAGUUGGCUGGAUUGGAUCACUCAUGUCAUCGCUUGGUUUUUCUGCAGGCCCUCUGGUUGCUAUUGUUUGUGACAUAACUGGAGAUAAAACAGCCUCCAUUCUUGGGGCUUCCCUUGUUUCUGGUGGAUUCUUGAUCAGCAGCUGGGCCACAAGCAUACCCUUUCUUUGCGUGACUAUGGGACUUUUACCUGGUUUGGGUUCCGCUUUUUUGUACCAAGUAGCUGCUGUGGUAGUUACAAAAUACUUCAAAAAACGAUUGGCUCUUUCUACAGCUAUUGCCCGUUCAGGGAUGGGUAUGGCAUUUCUCUUAGUACCCCUGACAAAAUUCAUGAUAGAUCAGUAUGGCUGGACAGGUGCCCUUUUAUUAUUUGGAGCUUUCACAUUGAAUUUAGUGCCUUCCAGUAUGCUCUUAAGACCCAUCCAUGUCAAAAGUAAGAACAUUUCUGAUAUUAAAAGUAGCAGCUUGCCUGCUAAUGGCCAGGAAAUGUGUGAGACAGAAGCAUCACACUGCAAUGAGAUAUUUGCAUCUUCCACCUGGGACAGUACUAUCCAGGAGGCUGGACAACCGAGUACAAGUUUAACAGUUCCACAAAGUCAAAACCAAGAGUUUAACAAUAGGCCAAAGGAUGGAAGAUUGAUGCACAUAACUAAUGGAGAAAGUAACAAAAAAAGGACCACUUUAUGGAGGUGUAAACAACUCUUUGAUAUUUCUCUUCUUCAGAACCCUUUCUUCUACAUAUUUACCUCAUCUUUUGUCUUCAGUCAGUUUGCAUAUUUCAUCCCUGUUUUCCACUUGGUAGCAAGAGCCAAGACACUUAGGAUUGACUUACUGAAAGCUUCCUAUCUUGUUUCUGCAUAUGGUAUCAUUGAAAUAAUUAGUCAACUUAUCUCUGGAUGGGUUGCUGAUCAAAACUGGAUCAAGAAGCAUCAUUAUCACAAGUCUUACCUCAUCCUCUGUGGCAUCGUUAACCUGCUUGCUCCUUUAGCCACCACAUUUCCACUACUCAUGACCUAUGUCAUCUUUUUUGCCAUUUUCGCUGGUGCUUACCUGGCAUUGAUAAUUCCUGUACUGGUGGAUCUUUCUGAGAACUCCAAAGUACAGAGUUUUUUUGGACUUUCCACUUUCUUUGUUGGGAUAGCUAUCCUUUCUGGACCACCUAUAGCAGGAUGGUUAUAUGACUAUACCCAGACAUUCACCGGCUCCUUCUACAUCUCUGGCACAUGCUAUAUCCUGUCUUCAGUUCCUUUUUUCUUUGUACCACUGGCUGAGAGAUGGAAAAACAAUUUGACCAAAAAGAAAGAGGACUACAAUCAAGUGAAUGUAUGAAAAAAGUAAUAGCAAUCAAGCUGUUUGUCAGUAUUCAAAUAAGCCAGAAUUUUAAUCAGAAGUAAAUACCUUAAGCAUUAAAUGAAAAUCAGAAUGAAUGCAAAUAAUAAGUUAACCAAAUUUUCAACGGUUAGGGUAUUUCAAUCACUAAAUAGCAUGAAGGUGAAAACUGUUCUUCUCAGUUUAAAUAUUAAUUAUAGCCAUUGGUUGACUAGAACUCUGCAAUAUGAACAUCUAUACCCCCUGCCAAAAUCCAACUUUUCUGAUUUGUUUUCCCCCCAUUGCUUUGUUUCUUAAAAUUUCUGACAGACAUGUAGCUAUAUAAUAAGAAAGUGAGAACUGAUAAAGAAAAAUUUUAUUUCAAGAUGACCUGAAUGGUAUUCUUGCCUGUCCAAACAAUAUUACUCUUUACUAUAUCCAACUACUGAUAAUUAUUGAAAUCAAGCUAAGGGGGGCCUGGGAGGUAGUUCAGCAAAGAACAGGCCUUCCAUAGCUAAAGCACUAGGUUUCAUCCUAACACCACCUGAGCACCAAAGACAGAAAUGAGUAGUGCUCCAUAGAUGGGAGCAGGGCUUUGGUGUUUCUCACUCUCUCCUCUCUCAAAAUAUAAAAUUAAAAAAAUAUGUAAAAUCAAAUUGGGCUGGGUAUGGCUCAUCUCUAUCUCACAUUCUCAAGGCCUUAGGUUCAAUUCAGAGCACUGGACAUUCAUGUUAAAUAUAUAUAUAUAUAUAUAUAUAUAUAUAUAUUUAAAUAACUAAAAGUUUUAUAU